AUGCGCACGAUGGGUUUGGGAUUGGGAGCGCCGUUCUUCCUCCUCGUCCUCCUCUUGCUGGCCGCUGGCACUGGAGCUGUGCCGCAGGACAAGAGGGUUCGCAGGAAUUAUGUUCUUCUCGAUCUCAAUACAAUCGAGAUCCGCCCAAAUGACAAGGAGGAAAUUGCCUCUAGCAAAAUUCCUGUCUCUGGUGAGAGUGGCAGCACAGUAUGCUCAACUUGUGAGAAUUUGACAAAUAAAGCUGUCAGUUAUCUUAGUGAUAAACAAACACAAGAUGAGAUCAUGGAGAUUCUUCAUGGUGCCUGUUCUCAGACAUUCUCCUUAGAACAGAAGUGCCUUGAGAUGGUGGACUCGUAUGCAACUCUUCUCUUCGCCAAGAUCACUGAAAUCAAGCCAGACGAGUUCUGCAAACAGUAUGGCCUCUGUAGGGACGUAUCUUUUCUGUCUGUUGCGAAAAGUGAAAGCACUUGCACAUUUUGCCGCCACCUCGUUGAUGAAGUUCUCUCGAAAAUGAGAGAUCCUGACGCUCAGUUUGAGAUACUUCAACUUCUCAUCAAGGAGUGCAACAAGGUUAAAGGUCAUGUGCAGGAGUGCAAGAGAAUGGUUCUGGAAUACGUUCCCCUCAUCCUGGUCAACGGUGAGAAGCUCCUCGAGAAGAAGGAUGUAUGCACUCUUAUGCAAGCCUGUGACGCCAGCAAAACGAGAGCCGGCGGAUCGUUCUUCGAUGGGGAACUGAGGAGCGAUGCUUGA